CGUCUCGCCCGCUCGCCAGAAGGGAACCAACAACAGUGCGAGGCGCAUUAAGAACAGCGUUAGUGUGUGAGAGAGAAGAGUGUGCGAGUGAGAAGGGAGAACAUCCAGGUCCAAAGGAGCUGAAGAAGCGUUAUUCUAUCGACUAAAGAAAAAAAACUAAAAACACUCGAAAAAGUCACGCUUGUGCAUUGUCAACUCCGAGUCAACAACCGCAUUGUCUUUUUCUGCAGAAGAUCUCCGAUCGUAAUUAACGUCGUACUAUCCAAAAAAAAAAUAUACCAUGGCCGAUUCGGAGAGCAAACAGGGUGAUCAGCAGCAGGGAGGCGCACAGGCUCAGUCCCAGCCUCAACAGCAACAACAAGCCCAGGCUGGACAGGCACAAUCGUCGGCUCAACAGCAGCAAGCUGGUGGCGCUAACAAGCAGGCCGCCGCCGCCGCUGCCGCUGCUGCUCAACAACAGCAACAAGCAAAAACUGUUAUCGCCACUAAAGUAACUGGUACAGUCAAGUGGUUCAAUGUCAAGAGUGGCUAUGGAUUUAUCAACAGAAAUGACACCAAAGAAGAUGUGUUCGUUCAUCAGUCCGCUAUUGUCAAGAACAACCCCAAAAAGGCUGUACGCAGCGUCGGUGACGGCGAAGUCGUCGAAUUCGAUGUUGUCAUCGGUGAAAAAGGAAACGAAGCUGCCAACGUGACAGGCCCCGAUGGCGAAGCCGUCAAGGGCUCGCCCUACGCCGCCGACAAACGUCGCGGCUUCCGUCAAUAUUACAACAGACGCGGUGGCGGUGCACGCCCCAUGCGCAGACAACAGCGCGAGGGUCAAGAGGGUUACGAAUCAGCAGGAGAAGGCGGUAAAACCGGCGACGAACAGAGUGGCGGAGAAGGUGGUGGCAACAAUCAAGGCCAGCAGCAAAUGCGCCGAUACAGGCCACGUCGUCCUUAUGACGGAUACUACCGCGGAGGCAACCGUAGAAAUCAGUCGCAACAACAGAAUGAAAAUGGUGGCGAAGCUGCCCAAGGAGGUGAAGGAGACGGUGACCAAGGUGGUAAUCAACGCGGUGGCAAUCCUCGCGGUCGAGGAGGCCCCUCCAGACGCUUCUUCCGCCGCAACUUCCGCGGAGGACGUGGUGGUGGUGGAGGCAACCGCCGACCUCGCAGCCAAGACGGUCGGUCCGAGCAAAAAUCUGAUGCACCAGUAGAAAAGAGUAAUGUUCCUGCCCAAGCUCCUGCUCCCCAGGACAGUCAGCCGGCGCAGAGUAACGCAAACGCCGAAGGCACUGCUUAAACCAACUACAGUCGUCGCCAUCAUGUCACCAUCCCUCUCUACAUAACACCUUUAUUUAUUAAGUAAGAGGCGACGGAAACACAAUAACUGCUAUAAGCAGCGAGGAAAUAUGCGGAAAUCUUAUAACAAUGCAAAAAAAAAAAAAAAAACUAAAAAAUCCAAAAAAAAAAGUUAAUGAAAGUUUACCAACAAACACUACUCCAAAGUCUCUCCACGAAAAUAAAAAAUUAAACAACAAAUCAAAAUUAUUUUAAUCUUUAAAUUAACCAGCUGAAAUUGCGGUACGUAAUUAAGCAGCUUAACAGCAAAACCUUAACAGCUAUAAAGUUUAGAUUAAAGGCAAAGCCUUUUUUCGUAUGGAUAUAAUCCAGCGAUAAAAUGAUUAACAUCGGUAGGUUAUAACGAGCAAAAGUUAGAUCAACGUAGCAUGUCCUAAAAAGACACUUUUAUAUACACAUUAAUAAAACACCGAGUAACUGCGUUCUCACGAAGCGUUUGAUAACCAAUAUUUUCCUGCUUCUUUUACAAUUGCGUUUUCGUUCGCCGUUUCUAUUUUAAAUAUUGUCUAUUGUCUAUUAUUUACCAGCAAACACGAUGUUUCGGAGUGAAAAUACUGUUUAAGUUUCUUUGUAUUGUUCACCUUUGAAUUAAUUAUUACCAAUACAUCGAGACAGUAGCUUGUAAAUCUGAAUGCUGUCGAUUCGAGCAAACAUAGUACUGUAAUUUCUGCUAUUAAUGCUAAAAAAAAACUACUACGUCAGCUUACAUUUAUUAUACUUGUAAAAAAAAAAUUUCGUGGUGUGAUAACGAGAUCACGUGCGGUGAGAUUGUAGUAGGUCAUUAAUUUAGGACUGUUUAAUGCAUGGGCAGUCUGAAAUUUUUUUGUAAACUACAUGACAUCAAUAACAGCGUCGCCUUUGAACUACACAUCUUUUUUUUUUUUUUAUUGUAACGCGACGCGUUUUUAUAAGACGGCAAAUUUGUAAAGUUGUACGUGCGAAUAACAACUGAAACUUUAUCGUUUACUUUACUUAGCCUCGUACUUUUUGAAUCUUGCAUUUGAAAAUUGUUAAUACCAAUUUUGUGUUGAAAAGUCGAGUAAUAUUUGUAUUAUGUCAAAAUACAAUUAAUUCGUUAGUUCAUUAAUUUUUUGUGACUAAGCGAUUGUGAAUCUGAACUGUCACGACAUACAUGCGAGUAUUAUUCCGUUACUAAAUAACAAAAAUAACAUUCAAAGAUACAAUUUGUAAUUAUGGAUAUCGCUGAAUACAGCAAAGAUUUGAAUUUGAAAAAUUUCUCAUGCAUAACCCCUGGUGGGUUGUUUCAAUUGUAAAAAAAAAGUUUCUUACGCGUAGAAACUGAAUUGUAAUUUUUUUCGUAUCGAUAACGUUUCGUUAAAGACUCAACGCAUUUAAAUUGCGAUCGGGUUGUCUGAAAUGGAAUAGUUCCAAAGUAACGCUCUAUUGAUUAUACGAUUCUUGGCAUAUCCAUUGUCAAAGUAUAAACAUGUCAAAAAGAAAAAAUUUGUACAAAACAUUACUAUUAUGCAUGGCCUUUUUCCCUUUUUUUAUAAAAAAAAGUUAAAUAAA